GCGGGCUGCGCGCGGACCUGGGAGCAGGGAGGGUCGGCGGAGGCUGCCGGCGGCCGGCGGGUUCGGGCACUAAUCCCUGCCUCUCUCUCUCCCGGUCUCCUAUCUGCCGCGUCUGCUCCUCCCUCCGCCCCCCGGAAGCAGGAGAGGACCGGCCCCGAAGCGGAGCAGCAGCCGCCCUCUGACCAUGCCCCGGUGAGCGGGGCGGACUUCGAGGGCAACUUGGCGCCGACUGCCUGGGCUCGGCCGGCGAGCUGCGAGCUGCCGGGGCCCCGAAAGCCGAGGAGCAGCGCGGCCCGGCGGGGGGCUCUCGUCUAUGCCUUCUUGGGGCGCCCGGCGGAUCGGGGUCUGGUUUUUGCAGACGGAGCCCAGCGCUGGUGGCUUCAGGUGGCUGCCGCCGCCUCUGCUGGGCUUGCUUCCGCCGCUCGGGCCAGGAGCAGAGACCUUUGAGCGGGGACACCUCCGGGGCAGCGAGACAUCGGACAUGUGUCAGCACACCUGGGGCGCGCAUCCAUUGAGCCCGAGGGGAUUUUUGCCUGAACAAGUCAAGCGGCGAUAUUGAUCUUGGGGGUGACUGUCCCUUGACCGGCUGUCCGGUGGGAGUGCGAGUGUGCACUCGCCCAGAAGUGUGUGAGUGUGUGGAUGUGUGUGUGCCGUGUCGGGCUCCCCCCCGCCCCCCGUUUUCCCGUCGAGUGAUGCACUUGGAAUGAGAAUCAGAGGAUGGAAAUAGUCUGGGAGGUGCUUUUUCUUCUUCAAGCCAAUUUCAUCGUCUGCAUAUCAGCUCAACAGAAUUCACCAAAAAUCCAUGAAGGCUGGUGGGCGUACAAGGAGGUGGUCCAGGGAAGCUUUGUUCCAGUUCCUUCUUUCUGGGGAUUGGUGAACUCAGCUUGGAACCUUUGCUCCGUGGGGAAACGGCAGUCGCCAGUCAACAUAGAGACCAGCCACAUGAUCUUCGACCCCUUUCUGACACCGCUUCGCAUCAAUACCGGGGGCAGGAAGGUCAGUGGGACCAUGUACAAUACUGGAAGACACGUGUCCCUGCGCCUGGACAAGGAGCACUUGGUCAACAUAUCAGGAGGGCCCAUGACAUACAGCCACCGGCUGGAGGAGAUCCGGCUACACUUUGGGAGUGAAGAUAGCCAAGGGUCAGAGCACCUCCUCAACGGACAAGCCUUCUCUGGGGAGGUGCAGCUCAUCCACUAUAACCAUGAGUUGUAUACAAAUGUCACAGAAGCUGCAAAGAGCCCAAAUGGAUUGGUGGUAGUUUCUAUAUUUAUAAAAGUUUCUGAUUCAUCAAACCCAUUUCUUAAUCGAAUGCUCAACAGAGAUACUAUCACAAGAAUAACAUAUAAAAAUGAUGCGUAUUUACUACAGGGACUUAAUAUAGAAGAACUGUAUCCAGAGACCUCUAGUUUCAUUACUUAUGAUGGGUCGAUGACUAUCCCACCCUGCUAUGAGACGGCAAGUUGGAUAAUAAUGAACAAGCCUGUCUAUAUAACAAGGAUGCAGAUGCAUUCCUUACGCCUGCUCAGCCAGAAUCAGCCAUCUCAGAUCUUUCUGAGCAUGAGUGACAACUUCAGGCCCGUCCAGCACCUCAACAACCGCUGUAUCCGCACCAACAUCAACUUCAGUUUACAGGGGAAGGACUGUCCCAACAACCGGGCCCAGAAGCUUCAGUAUAGAGUAAAUGAAUGGCUCCUCAAGUAGGGAACUAGCCCAAGAAGAAUUCCAUCUCAGUGAAAUCUACAACUGUGAACUGACGUAACCUGGAAUGUCCCCUUCUUUCUUCUCGCUCCUUCCCUUUUCUCAAGCCUCAUUCACUCUUUGGACUGGCCCCAUCUUCAUGAAAAGUGUCUGCAAAAACAUGGCAGAAGACACACACGCACACAUACAUACGCACACACCUGCAAACAUAUCUACACACAUACAUGCACAGCCUUCAAGAUGGGAAGUCAAGUUUUCAGAAACAAAAGGUUCAUUCAUAAGAGGUCUUAGAAGAAAAUAACCAGUUAACCCGAUUACAAUUUUGAUACUGUUUUCCUGAACUAAUAAAUCUACCCAGUGAGACUUUUCAGCCUUUGUACAUACAGAAUUCUUCCAAAAGAGAGAGGAGGAAACAUGGCUCUCACAGCAUCAAGCAGACUUUGUGCUUUGCAUCGAGUAAUCUCAGAUAGUGUCCUAGGAUCCUUGGAGGGUGCUGGUGGCAGGUGAGCCAGGACAGAGGUGGCCAAGGACACUUAUUUCUAGAUUCUGAUUCUUCUGUUUACUCAACAAUUUAACAAGAAAAAAAAAGGACAGACAUUGAAGAGAUACACAUUGUAUAUAUAUAUCACCGCAGACUAUAAAGAAAUUGAAUUAUUUCCCCUUCGUCAC